CCAUCACCGGCGUAUAAGUAGCGCCAACUCCUUCUCUCCUUCUCGUUUGCUAUAGCAUCUUGUUUUAUCUGUCUAGCCACACCCCCCUUGCUCGCUCUCAGUUCCAGCACAAUGCCUCAAAUGUCUCUCCCCGCCAUGGGUGUUUUCGCCCUAAGUGCGCUCAGCUCCGGUGUCCUGGCUACCAUCGACACCUGCCCCUCCGACAGCCCUCUCAGCUGUCAGACCGACAACGAGGCUUCCUGCUGCUUUGAAUACCCCGGUGGCUCCCUUCUCCAGACCCAAUUCUGGGACACCGACCCUGUCACCGGUCCUAGCGACUCCUGGACCAUCCACGGUCUCUGGCCCGACAACUGCGAUGGCUCCUACCAAUCAAAUUGCGAUGCCUCGCGCGCGUACACCAACAUCACGGAGAUUCUCGAAGCACAGGGUCGCACCGAGCUGCUCGAGUACAUGAACACGUACUGGCAGAGCGACGAUGAAAGCAACGAAGAAUUCUGGGAGCACGAGUGGGCCAAGCACGGAACCUGCAUCAACACCAUCGACCCCAGCUGCUACACCGAUUACACCGCCCAGGAGGAGGUCGGCGACUUCUUUGACAAGACUGUCUCGCUCUUCAAGACUCUGGACUCUUACACUGCCCUCGCCGACGCGGGCAUCACCCCUAGCUCGAGCAAGACCUACAAGCUGAGCGACAUCGAGGAUGCCCUUGCUGCCAUCCACGACGGCUACGCCCCCUACGUCUACUGCAGCAGCAAGGAAUUGUCCCAGCUCUAUUACUACUUCAAUGUCGCAGGCAAUGCGAUCGACGGAACUUAUGAGGCGGCCGAGAGACUUGAGACCAGCAACUGCCCUAGCUCGGGGAUCAAGUAUCUGCCCAAGUCGAGCUAGAUAUCCUGAGUAGAGCUGGGGGAUUUGUAUCAUCCUAGGGCUACAUUGUGGAACACUGUUCGUUGAAGAAAAAGAGAGUGAGCGGGUUGGGGGUGGGGGAUUGUAAAAAGCUUCGUGGGUGCUUUAUUGUACAUGCUACUACCUAGUGUGUCCUAAAACUGGUUGAUGGAACACAUGCCCGGAAAAGCUAUAUAGCGAGAGUCCACAUCAUCUAUAUGCGCAACUUAGGCACCCGUUG